AGCAGGAGCUCCACAGGUGAACUGGUGAAAUAUUCCUCUCGUCUCAAAUCAAUCAGAAGAACUUUAAAGAAGAGUCGAAUUGAGGUCACUCAUACAGUUAUGAUAUCUGACUAUGAAUAUGAGUAUGCUAAUGACACUUAUGAUGAUGCGGAUGCAGAGCCUUGUAACCUGACAGGUUUCCACGAGCAUGACCUGACCAUCCAAACGUACAUCUACUCUCUGAUUUGUGCGCUCGGCCUGGUGGGCAACAUUUUGGUCCUCCUAACGUACUCCUUCUACAGGAAAGCAAAAUCCAUGACCGAUAUCUUCCUGGUUAAUGUGGCGUUGGCGGAUCUCCUGUUCGUUGUCGCCCUGCCGCUGAUCAUAUACAACGAACAGCACAGUUGGAGCAUGGGCACAUGGGCUUGUAAGUGUCUGAGAGCCGCCUACAGCAUCAACGUGUACAGCAGCACGCUCCUGCUCGCCUGCAUCAGCGGCGACCGCUACGUCGCCAUCGUCCAAGCCAGGCGAUCGGUCCGGAUUCGAUCGCAAGCUCGGGCGUACAGCCGCCUCGUCUGCUCGGUCAUAUGGCUGCUUGCGGUUAUUUUGUCUUUGCCUACGUUCAUGUAUUACCGGGUGGAACAGAACGAAUGCAUCAACAUCUUUGAGAUGGCCGAAACCGCCAUGCUAAUGAAGAUCCUGAUUCCCAGCAUGCAGAUGGUCGUAGGGUUCUUGGUGCCAUUGAUGGUCAUGACAUUCUGCUACUCGUGCAUCAUGGCAACGCUGCUCAAAGCGAAGAACUUCCAGAAGCACAAGGCGGUCCGAGUGGUUCUGGCAGUGGUCCUUGUUUUUGUCCUUUGCCAUCUGCCUUACAACGUGGCGCUCCUGGUCUACAUCAGUAAACUGUUCAGUGAGAGAAACUGUAAGAGAGAACAGCUGACUCUGAUGACGCUGUCCAUCAGCAGGAGCGUGGCCUACCUUCACUGCUGCCUAAAUCCCAUUCUCUACGCCUUCAUUGGGGUUAAAUUCAGGAGCCACUUCUGUCAGAUCCUACAGGACUUGCGGUGCCUGGGGAAAAAGUACAUUUACUCGGGACGCUCCUCUCAGCAGACCUCUGAGCUGUACAUAUCGGCAAACAAAACUGUCGUUGGACGCAAUCAUGACAACCAGUCAUCAUUUUCAAUGUGACAAUGUAAAACUUCCGACUGAUUGCUGUGUGGUUGUUCUCAAGAAAGCAGAGAAUGAUCUUGUGUAUAAUUUACCAAAAUGAAACUGAAGUACUGUUAUGAAAAAUAUACUGUGUAUUUUGGUAACACUGUGAAAUAAUGUCCCAUUAGUCAAUGCAUUACCCAACAACGAGCAAUACAUUUGUUACAGUAAGGGAUUAUUUACACCCAAGAAGACGUGUAAUAAUCUAUGUUAAUGUUAGUUAAUAAAAAUAUAACUAUUCGUUGUUAGUUCAUGUCAGCUCAGGUCCAUUAAAUAAUAUUAACAUACAACAGGUGAUUUUAAAAUAAUGCAUUAGAAAAUUAACAUUAAGAUUGACAAAACACUUCUAAAGAAUUUAUUAUUGUUAAACAUUAUUGUCAAGUGUUACCAAACUUUCUUUUGAAAUUACUGACAUGAAAGAGAUGCGAAAUAUUUUUGUAUGUAAGCAAAAUUUUGCGUUUUCUUCAUUGUUCAGAUAUUCAGAUACUUUUUUACAGUAACUUUACUGUGGUCCAACUACUAUAACUCAUGCCUAAUUUGCAAGGCAAAUGCUUUUCAGCCUUGUCAACAAUGUGGUAUUAAACCAUAUGAGUCUAGAAAUGUGUGAAGGUAAAAAUAUAUUAGGCUUGUAAAUGGCUCAAUAUAACAUAUUAUAGCAAUAAUCAAAACAAGCUUUAAGAAGAAAACCAAAACAUUUAAACAUUAUUACUAAAGCCUACUGUAUCAUAUUCUAUAUGCAAAUUUCUAAGGCAUCAACAUGAUCAAAACUUUGCUGAUAAACCGGUCACACACAAUCUCCUACAGUCCUUCUGUUGUCUGAUUGAUACUGGAGACAUUUUUUUUUUUUUAUCAAGUAAGGUCUUUUAGUGUAAUUGUAAAAACAUCCACCUUUCGCUUGUACUUCACAUGUCUUUCUGCUGUGAAAUAUUUACUGAUAUUCAUAAAGUAAACAUAAGAACAACUUUUAUAUUGUUAGUAAUAUUUCAAGUUGAAAUACUGGAUUGAUUCAACUUCAGUUUACUUGAUUAUCCAGUUCAAAUGUGAGUAUCAAAUAUGAUCUUCAUCUUUUGAGGAAGGUUUACUUGUUCAUCUCUCAAUCAUCAUUGUAUUGUAUUGCAUUAUAUGUUUUAAAACUACAGAGAUUUGAUCAUAAAACUGAGCAUUUAAAUAUCACCUUACUAAGACACAUUAUUGGCAGAUAUUGAUAUUUAUAUGCAUUGAAUGUCAGUAUCUGCUAUAGUGUUAUAAAGAUCUCAUUGAUUUACAAGAAUCAGAAUUUAAUUUUACUUUUGGUCCAUAUUAAUAUCAGCAUCUGCACCGAAUUGAAUAUUUCUGCUCAGUUUGUGCCUCUGAAUAAAAAAAAUUAAUGUGUUUUCUCCUCUUCGAGUUUUGAGCUCCAUAUUCUCACUAUAUCAGACUAUAUGAGCCAUUAAAGCCUGCUGUAUAAAAUGUUAUACUCAAAAGACAUGCAUUUUUAAUAUAUAUUUUGUCUAAGUUUUAAUAAAGUGCUCAAUUUCAAAAAUAAUAAAAAAAAUAUUUCUGACUGUUAUUGCUGGAGUUGUUGAAUGGACAAUAAAG